CGCGCGACCGGGCCCUCGGGCGUUGCCGCCGCGCAACACGACUCUUCCCGUGCCCAUCGAAGAGCAUCGUCACCGCUGGCCAGCUCGCCCGUCUAUAAUUCCCAGUUCACGUACUCGCGUUUCUGCUUCUAGGUCGUAGGACGCCAUGAGCAGCCUCUCGUCGUUCUUCUCGUCGUUCCUGCCUACGGCGCACGCGGACGCGCCGCCCCCGGAGGUCGAGGCGCAUAAGGAGGAGGUGACCCCGGACGAGCCGGAGGAGGGCGCGGAGGGGGGUGAGGCGGAGGAGGAAGAGGAGGAGGAGCCUGAGGACAUUCUGCCUGCGCUCCGGGAGGAGUGCGAGGAGUCGGCGAAGUGCAAGACUGCGACGGAGCACUUCCGGCACUGCGAGGAGAAGGUCAACGCGGGCAACGGGUACCAGCACGAGGAUUGCAUUGAGGAGUUGUGCGUCAUGAUGCACUGCGUCGACGGCUGCGUUGCGCCGAAGCUCUUCGCCAAGCUCAAGUAGAGGCCGCCCCUCCGCAACCCGACCUGACCUUAGAGUUAGAUUAUGGCCUGCAGUGUAGUAGGACGAUACGUCUUGACGGACCGACAGACUACGGCUCUGCGAAAAUUAUAAUUCCCUUGCGUCUCCAAUCCUUAUCCUCAGUCCUGGGCGAAC